CAGCGUCUCCGUUGCCAGGAAAACGGAGCGGCGCGCUUUCCGGCGCAGUCGCGCCGCGUCGCAGCUGUCAUGGCGGAGACCGUCUGGAGCACUGACACCGGGGAGGCAGUGUAUCGCUCCCGGGACCCCGUGCGCAACUUGCGCCUCCGAGUCCACCUGCAAAGAAUCACAUCAAGCAACUUUCUUCAUUAUCAGCCUGCUGCCGAGCUCGGGAAGAACCUCAUAGACUUGGCCACUUUUAGGCCUCAGCCAACUGCCAGUGGACACCGCCCAGAGGAAGACGAAGAGGAGGAGAUUGUGAUUGGGUGGCAAGAGAAGCUCUUUAGCCAGUUUGAAGUAGAUCUGUACCAAAAUGAAGCAGCCUGUCAGAGUCCUUUGGAUUAUCAGUACCGUCAGGAGAUCCUGAAGCUGGAGAAUUCGGGUGGCAAGAAGAACCGACGAAUCUUUACCUACACUGACUCUGAUAGAUACACCAAUUUGGAGGAGCACUGUCAGAGAAUGACCACUGCAGCCAGCGAGGUGCCUUCAUUCUUGGUCGAGCGAAUGGCAAAUGUUAGGCGGCGCCGGCAGGACAGGCGAGGGAUGGAGGGCGGCAUCCUCAAGUCACGCGUCGUCACCUGGGAACCCUCAGAAGAGUUCGUCAGGAACAACCAUGUCAUUAACACCCCUCUUCAGACAAUGCACAUCAUGGCGGACCUGGGGCCCUGUAAAACGCUUGGCUAUAAGAAGUAUGAACAUGUCCUGUGUACUCUGAAGGUGGAUAGCAAUGGUGUGAUCACAGUAAAGCCUGACUUCACAGGCCUCAAAGGACCCUACCGGAUUGAGACGGAGGGGGAGAAGCAGGAGCUGUGGAAAUAUACGAUCGACAAUGUUUCUCCCCUCGCACAGCCAGAGGAGGAGGAGCGGGAACGGCGAGUGUUCAAGGAUCUUUAUGGCCGGCACAAGGAGUAUCUCAGCAGCCUCGUAGGCACUGAUUUUGAGAUGACUGUCCCGGGUGCCCUCCGGCUCUUUGUAAAUGGAGAGGUAGUUUCAGCCCAAGGCUAUGAGUAUGACAAUCUCUAUGUCCACUUCUUUGUAGAAUUGCCAACUACUCGCUGGUCAAGCCCAGCAUUCCAGCAGCUCUCAGGAGUAACACAGACCUGCGCCACCAAGUCCCUGGGAAUGGACAAGGUGGCUCACUUCUCCUACCCAUUCACGUUUGAAGCCUUCUUCCUCCAGGAGGAUGAAUCUUCUGAUGCACUCCCAGAGUGGCCUGUGCUCUACUGUGAGGUCCUCUCGCUGGACUUCUGGCAGAGGUACCGUGUGGAAGGCUAUGGGGCUGUGGUGCUGCCUGCCACUCCAGGCUCACACACCCUGACGAUCUCCACGUGGAGACCUGUGGAGCUUGGCACGGUGGCUGAGCUGAGGAGGUUUUUCAUUGGCGGUUCUCUGGAACUGGAGGACCUCUCCUACGUGCGGAUACCAGGAUCCUUCAAGGGGGAACGCCUGAGCCGCUUUGGACUCCGCACAGAGACCACAGGCACUGUCACCUUCCGCUUGCACUGUCUGCAGCAGUCCAGGGCCUUCAUGGAAUCGAGCUCCCUUCGGAAAAGGAUGCGGAGUGUGUUGGACCAUCUGGAAGGGUUCAGCCAGCAGAGUUCCAUUCACAAUGUGCUAGAGGCCUUCCGUCGAGCCCGGCGCCGCAUGCAGGAGGCCCGGGAAAGCCUCCCGCAGGACCUAUCCUCUGGCGGGAAGCUGUGGCCAGUCAAUAUUGGGCAGAACCAGAAGAUCCUGCUGGCAGAAGAGUCCCUAAACCUUCCAAAGACCAGGUUUCUGUCCUCUGAUUGAAAAUGUGAGUGGACAACCAUGCUCAGUGUGCAUCAGACUGAGGAGUGUGUCCUAACCCGAAAAGCUGUUUUAACCCAAAACUCAUAACCACAAAUCCGACACUUAGUGAUACUAUUACUGGGCUCGACUGCAUUCAUUAGACACAAGUAAGACAGUACCCAGAAUAUAAAAGAUUCUCCAGGUUUGUAGAAUGAAUGAAUGAGCGAAUGAAUAAAUAAAUGAACAAGCCAACAAAUGGAGAGCAUGGAUAAAAUUCAUCUACUCAGAAAAGGAUGGCACACUAUGAUUCCGUUGAUAUGAGAGGUCCUGCAUAGGCCAAUAUAGAGACACAAAGUAUAUUAGAGGUGAUUGGGGCUGGGGUGGGGAUGGGGAUUGACUGUUCUUACAGGGUUUCUUUGGGGAGUGAUGAAAAUGGUGUGAUACUAGAUCAUGGUGAUGGUUGCAUAACUCUAAAUACACUAAAAUCAUUGAAUUGUCUAUUUCAUAUGGGUGAAUUUUAUGGUAUAUCUCAAUAAAGCAGUUUUUAAAAAGUUUUCAGAAACUUCCAAAGACCAGCCAUACCAAUUUGUCAGCCGUCAGGAUCCCACACAGGGCCAAGCCACGUCAUAAGAUGUGACAAUCAAGGUAGGAGAUAGCUUUGCCAUGUCCCGAAGGAACACCAGCCCAACGUCAUCCAUUGAACUACAGCUCACAGACACCAUCCCCCAGCGGAACACAUGAAAACCACACAGUAUUGUACCAUUACUGAGCAUUAUUGGGUGAAUCAUAUCUCAGGAUCCUCACAGCACCUUUGUGAGGUGCUUUUAUGGCAUGCUAACUAUAUCUGGUAUGUUUACUAAAGUUGAGCAACCAUAGGCUUCAGGGCCACUUUACUGUUAAGUGGAGCUCAAACCAGGUUGUCCAGUUCCCAGUUUGAUGUUGCACUUGGGAAGGGAUUAGAGGAGAUGGCAAGAGCUAGUGUCAGGAUAAUAUUUCUGGAGGGCACAGGUAUUGCAGGGAGCAGAAACUUGCAAUGUGGAAACUCGGGUGGCUAGCGACCUCAGCUCUCCAGCUCUUCCUUUUAUACCAAAGUAGAAGGCAAGAAUGUUAGUCCAAACUGCACCAUUUUGUAAGCCCCCCACCAUUUCCCAGACCUUGGUCAAAGUGAAACGUUCCACAGGAGGUCGGGCCAUGAAAGACGUAACAUACCCUAAUGGGCAAAGGCCCAACUGAAGGAACAUCCCUAUCAUAUCCUGCUGGGCAAAGGUCCAAGGAACAUCUUACCACAUCCCACUGAGAAAAGGGCCUGAUCAUAGGUACAUCUUAUCAAUAACCUGCCGGGCAGCAAGCCAUACGGCCCAGACCCCUCCUGCCCAUACCCAUACCCAGUACCCCAGCUGUAGGCGGCGGCAGGCUCUGGCAAUAAGCUGGUCCCCCACCUCUGUAGGUUUUAUGCUGGAAAUAAAUACCUGCAUUGGCUGUUGAGCCGCCCUCUCUCUUUAUGUCUUUCCUUAACCCUUGCCUUCCCUUCAAAACCUAAUAGAAACUUGGGUGGCUAGCGAUCUCAGCUCUCCAGCAGGGGCGCCCACAGCUCCUUAGCUGCCAGGAGGGCCCAAGUUUAAGAAAGGAAAGAAGCUCAGGUUUCUGGAGUGCCUGCUGUGCUCUACCAGGCGCUGUGUGAAGUGGGGUGGGCAGUAGGAGGUGCCACCACUGCUUCAUACAUGGGCAGAUGGGCCUUCAGGUUCUUUCUAGACAGGGAGGUAGGAGGUGGGAAGGAGAGAGGAGCAAGGCAGUGGCCAAAGCCUUCCCCUACUGGGGUUGAACGGGGAAGAAAGGAGAAAUUGUAAAUUUAAAUUCAGAUUUUACUACUUCUUAUUUAUGUGAUCUUGGGCAAAUUACUAGCUGUCUCUGAACAUAGUUCCUCAUCUAUAAAAUGGCUGUAAUCAUUUGCUUCUCAAGGUGAUUGGGAGGACAAAAUAAAUUAAUAUACGUGAAAGUGA